CAACACAAAAGACGAUUAUGUUUAUAACCGAUUACGCGCAUCACUACCGGCUGUCAAGUAGCUAAUUUUAUUUCUUAGUUUUUGUUUGUUUAUUUCUAUUAUUAGAAUUAUACCGUAGAAUUGUACAGAUACUUCUUUGAGGCAAUGUCUCAUUUCAAAUUAAUAACAUCAACAAAGGCUACAGAUGUUAUUCCCGUAAACAAAUAUGUAUCUGAAAAAACUGGUCUAACCAUAAUCAUUGCCGAGGUGGAGGGUCCUCUUGUGAAUGUCUUUUUCUGUCUUGCAACGGAGGCACAUGAUGAUGAUGGAUUGCCACAUACAUUGGAACAUCUCAUUUUUCUUGGGUCUAAGCGAUACCCCUAUAAAGGAGUAUUGAACCUGCUGGCCAACCGAUGCAUGGCACAUGGGAUUAAUGCAUGGACAGAAACUGACCACACUUGUUACACUAUAUACACUGUUGGUGAUGAGGGUAUGUUGACACUGUUACCGAUAUACUUAGACCACAUAUUGAGGCCUACACUCACUGAUCAGGGGUUCAUCACUGAAGUUCAUCACAUUGAUGGUGAUGGGGAAGAUGGUGGAGUUGUGUACUGUGAAAUGCAGGACAAGGAAAAUACAGUAAAUCAGAGAUGUGAACUACGAUUACAGCAAGCUAUGUAUCCAAAUAGUGGAUACUCAUAUGAAACUGGAGGCAUUGUGGCCAACUUGAGGACCUCUACUGAUAAUGGUAAAGUAAGAGAUUUCCACAAAAAGUUUUAUCGUGCUGAAAAUCUGACAAUCAUACUAACAGGAAAAAUUGCAGCAGAUGACGUGUUUAACGCAUUAACUACAGUCGAGGAUGAUAUCAUAAACCAGAGAAAGGAAGAACCACUGGAAGAGUGGGUGAAGCCAUGGCAGACAAUCCCACCUCUGCCUAAGUUUGAGGAGUACAAGGAGCAGUGGCCAGCUGACACCGAAGACUGUGGACAGGUGGUGUUCGGGUGGCGCGGGCCGGUGCUGGCGGCGCCGCAGUCGCAGCGCGAGCUGACGGGCUGCGCGCUGCUGCUGCGCUACCUGUGCGACACGGCCGCCGCGCCGCUGCAGCGCCGCCUCGUCGAGCGGGAGCACGCGCUCGCCGGAGACGUCUCGUACGAUCUAACCGAAAACAUAGCGUCCCUGAUCAAGAUCGAGCUGGACAAUGUGCCCAUCGAUAAGCUGGAAGUGGCUCGCGACGAGGCGCGCAGCUGCUUGCGGAGCGUGUGCGACGGCAGCGAGCCGCUGGACAUGCAGCGGCUCCGGCGGCUCGUCCGGAAGCAGCUGCGGGAGGCGCUCGCCAGCCUCGAGUCUGACCCGCACUACGCUGUUGCGUCCAGGUGUAUUGGAGUCGCUCUGUAUUCGCAGAAUGAACAGGAUUUCUAUGCACGAAUGAAUCCUCAAAAAGUACUGGCAGAACUUUUGGAGGAGAAUAGCGACUACUGGCUUGCUUUACUGCAGAAAUAUUUCACCGAUGACGUCAUCACGAUUAUCAGUUCGCCCAGUGUUGAGCUACAAGUCAAAAUGGAAAAAGACGAGAAGAAUAGAAUAGAAGAACAAAUAAGAGAUCUCGGUGAAAGCGGCUUAGCAGAGAAAGCCAAGCUGUUGCAAGAAGCUAUGGAAUUCAUCGAGCGCAGUCCACCAGAAGACGCACUAGCGGCGGUGCCGGUGUCAUCGUGGGACCGUCUCCACUACCAAGCGAUCAGCGGCUGCACUCCGGGAGAGACUUGUCCCCAUUUCGCUCUCGAGGAAAUGCCGCUUUACACUCGUGUGCACAGCCUCACCACCAACCUCGUAUAUAUAAGUAUAAUCCUGGACACAACGUCGAUGGAGCAGAGUACGCGCAAGUGGAUCCCGCUGCAGCUGAACGGGCUGACGGAGUGCCCGGUGCGACGCGGCGACACGCUGGUGCCGCACGAGCAGGUCAUAUCCACCACCGAGCAGCUCACCGUCAUGUUCAGCAAUGACAUUGGCUUCGGCAAGUCGGGCAACUUCACCGUCGGACAAUACGGCAAUUUUAUACAGAUCGAGACUAGGUGCGAGCCACAAGAUUACGAGGAGGUGGUGAACCAUCUCUAUGAGAUUCUAUACAAAGCUAAAAUUACAAAAGAGAGAUUGUUAGUGUUUACACAGAGGAUGAUCAACGACGUCGCACAGGUAUGUAAAAACGGAUUUAAAAUAGUAUACGACAUACUGCGAGAUUCUGUAUAUUGCAAAGAUAGUAAUGUACACUGGUGCUCAGUUCUUCGCCUGCAGACGUUCUUAAAGGAGCUUGUAGAGCAGCUAAAUGCUGGCGGAGACACAGCAGAGGCAGCUGUCAAUGAAGCGAAGAAGGCAUACGCAAGACUCACGGAAAACGCAUGGCUACAUCUCGCGGCUGAUUUCGAUAGAUACAAGUUGAGCACAGAGCCGUGGAAGAGAUUUGCCAGAACCAAUGAAAGUGUACCAUCUGAGCCGCGGCUGUACUGGGACGCGGCGCUGCUGGCGGGCUGGGGCGGCGGGUGCGUGGUGGGCGUCGGCGGCGUGGAGUCGUCGUUCGCGGCGCGCCUGGCGCCGGGCCCGCGCGGCGCCGCGCUCGCCGACCACGCGCCGCUACUCGUCGCACUCGACUACUUCACGCAGCUCGAGGGUCCAAUAUAUGAAUUGAUCUAUGGCGGCGGGCUGUUGUACGGGUACAGUGUGAAGCCUUCGCCCAGCGAGGGCUGUCUCGUGUACUCGAUGUACCGCGCCACCAACGCAUUCCUCGCCUACAUCAAAACUAAAGCGAUAUUCGAAGUAUUCCUUGCGACCAGAGAAUUUGACGCGGGUUUAUUUGCGAAAGCCAAAAGCUCAGCGUUGUUCGAAGUAGUGGAGAAUGAGAAGUGUACCGCUAAUGUCGUCCGAGAAUCUUUACGCAACUUCGUGGGACAAGCCACCGAUACAUACAACAGGGACCUAAUAUGCGCGAUUGCGGCGGUAACCCCGGCGGUGGCACAGGCGGCGGCGGCGAGGUGGCUACCGACCUUACUCGACCCCAAGUUGGGCAAGCUCGCCAUUGUGUGCCACCCCACCAAGGUCAAAGAUAUCCAGGCCGCCUUUGAUAAGUUCAACAUCAAGUUGGAUGCAUAUGAGUCAGUGGAGUUAUCCCAUUUCAAUAAAUAAUAGUUUUCUCACUACUGUAUCACUCUUAGAUUAUAAAGUAUAUAUAUUGGUAAUGUAAAAGUAUUAGCGAGAUAGAUAAAUAGGAAACUCACCUAUACAAUAUAAGCUCCAAGCUGAUUUGGUGGGAGUAUGAACAAAAAACAAAUCUUAUUUUUUUAUUUUUGUUUUGAAGUGAAAUUCAUUUUAAGUGAAUGUAGUUAAUUGGAAUUAAAUGUAGAUAUAACAUAAAUUAGAAAAAAAAAUAUCUCUUUACAUGCAAUU